CGCCACGAUUCGUCCGUUUACCGUCAUGUGACCGGAAGUCGAGAAUGACGCGGUUGAGUGUAGGUACUUUUGAAAUGAAAACAAACUCCGCCGGUUUCCUAACCUUACUUGUUUUAUUCACUAUCUAAUCGAUACGUGAAGUUGCGUAUCGUUUUAAAAGAACACAGAGAGAUGAGGCGGGAAGCUGAAGAGACAAUUCCUCCAACCUGGGUGAGGAUAAUCUGUUAGCACGACUAGCUAGCUGGCUAACUUACACGUUCACUACAAACAGUAAGAUACAAUAUAAAUAUAUAAACAGUAACGUUAUAACUUUACGUUAGGUAGAAGGUGACUCUGUAGACGUGUGCUUUCUUUCAACUUAAAUCUUGUCGACAUGUUUUGAGCUAACCCAGCUCCGGACACCAAUUGCUCCAACCUGAACUAGCUAGCUCUCUCUGCAGGCUGGUGGACGCACAGCUGGGGACAUGCUGGCAUGGCCUCUCCUGAUGUGAGACAAAGUAAACCAUCAUGGACGACUCGGACCAGGAUUUUGUAGAUCUCUGCUCAAAGCUGCUUAAACGAGUCCGCAAGAAACCAGGUGAGCCCAAGCAGCCAAGUAAAGCCGAGCCUCAGCCCUCCAGUCAGGCAGGCGAUAGAGAGAAGAGGAGGAGAAAUAACAAAAGGGAUGGUGACUCUGGGUCUAAGUGUGCUGGGACCCAGUCUGUGUGCUCCAGUGCUGCAGCAGAACAGCAUGAGGUCUGUGGAGAGACUGGACCUGAUUCAAGAGAUGCUGGGUCGUCAGCUGAGAGGGGUUUGGCAGCGAAAGAUAAAGUGCUCCACAGAAUGCAACAGUUCAAGAGGGUCAGCCCCCAGAGGAUGGGACACAAGGACCAGAACCACUGUGUUCCUCCUCCACCUGCGGUGCAAAGACAAGAUACUGCAGAGUCCUGUAGCUCAGGCCUCCACCCGGAGCCCCAGGACAGUGACGAGGCUCUGGCCCUGCGGCUGCAGCAGGAGCUGGACAGGGAGGCUGCAGAUGUCCAGACGGUGGACCUGGAGGACGGAGGCCUCUUCUUCUGUCAGAUCUGCCACAGAGACCUGUCACACAUGACCCCUGAGGGGCGAACGCAGCAUCUCAACAGGUGUUUAGACGAUAGUGAAGAGAGCGCCCCAGCCGCUCCUCCUCCUGAUGUCCCCGACUGUCCCAUCUGUGGCAAGAAGUUCAAGUCCCGGAAGAGUCGCUCGGCCCACCUGAAGCGCUGCUCCUCAGACAUGGGCGUCCCUCCGGCUGUGCUGCUGCAGGCUCUGCAGAGACAGACUGAGGAGACUCAGAAUGUCCCCACUGCUAGCACACUUACAGAGACUGGAGGCACCAAAAGAAAAGGCUCGUCCAAGCCAGGUCUCCCAACAAGGAAGAAGCCCAGAAAGAACACUGAACCCGUGGACGAAGACACUAUGGUGGCCCUGGCUCUGUCCUCCUCCUUGCUGGAACAGGAGAGGGAGUCAGAGAGACAAUUACAAACAGAGACAGCUGUCUCUCACUACACCUUGACUCCAGUGUUGAAGUGGAGGCCAGACGCAGGUAAAUGCCGUGGGAAGAGGAAAAAGGGCGCCGUCCCUCGACCUCCUCCGCUCCUCCUCGUUCAGGAUGCUGAGGUGGCUCUGACGAGGCUGCAGGAACGGGUUUCUGCUCUCCUCCUACGCAGCCAGGCCCCCUCUCCCCCUACUCCGACCCGCUGCCCCAGCAGUCUGGCUAGCUGUGGCGGUGCUGCCCCCCUCUGGCAGAAGAGCACACUACUGGACGGUGGCUCCACCUGUCUGUCUGAUUUCUACACUCCAGAGCUCAGAGAGUUCAUCACGCCAUGGCAACCGGCAAUGACUGAAGCAGCCUCCUCCAUCAACAAGCCUGAGUCCUCUGUCCAACCUGCGAGUGAAGUAACUCCUGUCGCAAGACCCGGAGCCUCCACCCUGCCAUCUUCCUCCUCGGCUCCCUCCACCCCAGGGACAGGGCAGCUCCCAGUGGGCAGCCAGGCAUUCCGAGACCUGAUGGAGCUGGCUGAAGACGGCAUGACCUUUACUCAGUAUGGUUACACCGCUUCAGGCCCAGACGAAGACAAGAGUGCCGGUCCGAUCACAAACCUUCAUCUGAGCGGCUUCGUUCCGGAGGAGUCUGAGGAGCGGGGUGACCUCUGCAUGAGCGGCUUUGUACCAGAAACGACACACAAACGCUCAGACGACACCGACAGCCAAGCGAGGAGGCUGACGGGUCAGCGCGGAUCAAAUAAAGAGCGAGGCAGCCAUCAAUCAGCGGCGCUAUCCCGACUGGCAGCAGACCUGAGCAGCAUGGUGAACAACCCUCAGCUCAGUGAUGUGCAGCUCCAGGUGGACACUGGAGAGGUCUACUUUGCUCAUUCCUUCAUGGUGUACGCUCGCUGCCCCCUGCUGGCAGAAAUGGUGCAUGAAAGUGGUUUUGGGGUGCAGGAGGAGGGAAUGCCUGCAGCCCAGAGGGUGUUGAUGAGCGACAUCCCGGGACAGGCUGUGUUUGCUUUGCUACAAUACCUCUACACAGCCCACUGCUCCAUCCCAGCAUCCCUGCAGCCUCAUGUACUAGAGCUUGCAUCCAGGUUUGAUUUGCAGGAGCUACAUCAGCUUUGCGAGCUCCACCGAGACGAUGCAGUGACUCAUGGGGAUGAGGAAGACGACAUGCACCAGGAGGAGAAUGUCAACAACCAAACAGACCAGGCCUUCAUGGAGCUGCUCCGCUCCAUGUGGAAUGAAGAGGAUGAAGGUACGGAUACAGACGGAAGAAGCGAUGAAGAGAGAGGAUUGAAAGAAGAUCGACAAGCCGACCAUCUCACAGCAGCUGACAGAGAGAUUUGUGAGGAGAAAGUGAACGAGGAAGAGCUGGAGGAGAUCUAUGAGUUUGCCGCCACGCAGAGAAAGAGGGAGGAGGGGAAAGACAGCAUGGAGGAGGAGGAGGAGGAGGAGGAGGAGAAGGUAGAUGAAGAAGAAGUGUUCACAAAACUAAUAAAACCCAAAAGAAGCUCAACCUGUGUCAGCAUUAAAAACCUGCAACUUGAGCCGGACCCCAGCUUGGAUCAGAGCUACAACCGCCUCUUCUCAGACUCCUGGGGGGUCUAUGAGGAAGGAGACCCCUCAUCAGUACCCUCUACCUCUGGCCAGCCAAAGACACACACCCCUCAAUCCCAAGAACAGCAGCCCCCUCAUAAACCCUCAUCCGAACUGUUAGGUAGAACUUUGUUUCAGUCUUCAGCAAGCGUAGUAGACGACCUUUCCCUCAGCCCUCCACCCAGUGCAUCCGACCUGCCUGUCCCAGGUCAGUCCCCUGGUCAAGUGGGUGACUGGGGAACUGAUGCUCUUGACCGGGACGUGCCUCAAGAAGGUCUACAUUUAAAGCGAGACAGCCAAGGUCGUCAUAGUAUUUGUGUCCCUCUUUCUCCUGAUUCGCCUCAGAAACAGAAGGAACCUGAGCUCAUAGUUUUGUCUGACUCAGGUGAGGAGAUGGAGGUAAUUCUCAGUUCUCGCAGUCCUUCGCCACAUUCCCCUUGUGCUGUCCAGAACCUGCAGAGGUACACCCAGAUCAACCCCCGGUCAGUCCUAAAACCUAAUGAACCCGCCCUGGAAAAUAAAAAGUCCAGUUUAGAGUUUUGUCCUGAUGAUCCAUCCUCGCCAGUUCAAAGUCAUCCAGGUUCCGGGUGUGACCAGAGUCUAGUAGACUGUUCUCCUGAAGUGUCCUGGCUGAUCCCAUCAACACCGCUCCAACAUCGACGGAGCAUCACAACCAGCUCCACUCAGACCAAAAGCAGUAUGUGCAGAACGCAGCUGUUCCCUAAAGAUGACGUUUCUUCAUCCUCUGUUUUCUCUCCUCCUGCUUCACCAUUUAACAACAGACUUCAGACAUCCAGCAGUCCAGCCAGAGUUCCUCCCCAUGUUGGGGUGUUUGCAGUUCCCCCAAGCCAAGUUAAGCACUCAAGCCCCUCAAACUCGACUUCCUUAAAGCAGGAUACACCCCUUCACCUCCAUCCCCAGCCUUACAGCAGCACUCCCCUGCACACAGAGCUCCUCCUGCCCCCUGUCCAUCUUUCCAGUUCCCCACUCCAUAGCAACCUUGAUACGGUGAGGUCAACAAGUCAAGGAAGGGAUAGGGCGCCAUCUGUCAGCCCAGACAAGACAGAGUUGGGGAGCUUUCAUCUUUCCCCCCUGUCGGACCCUUCAGGGCCACCUUCUUCAUCUCACAGAGGUCUUCAAAGUUCACAGAGACACAGCGAUUCCUCCCUUCAAAGUCAACAAUCUGUUGAAUCCAGCAGUCACAACCACACAGGAGGACAAGAGGUCAAGAGGACAGGAAUAAGAGAUGAGGAAGGAGAAAGAGAGAUGAAGUGUGAAAAUAAAGACACAGAUGAUGAAGGACAGCAGGAAGAAGCAAAAGCAAAAACUGAAGUAGCAGAAGUUGAAUCCACUUUCCAACAGAGUUUCAUGGCCAUGGACGAGCCCCCAAUAGCUUUCAACGACUCUUGGGGCUUCAACGUCUGUGUGGAUGAAAACCCGGGCUGCUUCAGUCUGAAGCUGGAGGACAGCAGAGGAUCCAGCCAGCAGGAGCGCAGCCUGGGACAACGAGAAACAGCUGGUUCGUCUUCCUCUAGUGACUGUCAACCUCCAAAAUCUAGUCUCGGUGUCCGUUUAUUGAACAGCCAUGGUAGCGUGACCGCAUCCUCUCCAUCCAAAGCCCACGGCAGACAACCAUCCACCAGUGUACAGGCUCAUACCGGCCAGUCGUUCACCCCCUCACCACCUCACCCCACCACCGGGACCACACCAGAGAUCAACGACAGCCUCCUGGACUCCAAAAUAUGGGACAGCUGGGAGGAGGAUGAGGAGGAAGCUCUUCCUCUCUCUCAGAGGGUGAACCCUUCUGCCCAGCUUAAAACACCAACGUCACCACGCAAUAAAAGGAGUCGAACCUUGGUGCCCAUCACUCCCAUGCCCCACUACUCUGACAUGGACACGCCGGAUCUCAAGAACAAACUCAACAGGUUUGGUGUUCGGCCUUUACCGAAGCGCCAGAUGAUCCUCAAACUGAAGGAGAUCCACCAGUACACCCACCAGCUUACCUACUCUGACUCUGAGGAUGAGGGACCCUCUGUGGGCCACGUAGCUCAGAGGAAACCCCAACCCACCAGUUUGUUGGCCGCUGGCAACAAACUGGUCUCCUGCACCCAAACAGUGAAGUUUAAAGAGCCCAGAGUUCCCGCUGCCACCUCACCAUUGAAACACAACAGAGAGGAGGACGCAGAGCUGCUUUCUGCCUCACAGGGGUCCAACACCUCCUCAACUGCUGCCAGUGAAGAAUCUGAAAGCAGGUCCAACCCAGAGCUGUGCCAGUCCUCAGAUGUCGACUCAGACAGUGAUGGCGGCUUCUCUGCCUCCCAGACGGCAACACGCCUGCAGGAUCGCCUCCGGGCAGUGCGCUCCUUCAUCCUGUCUGACUCCAGACUGUACACUCAGAUCCUCCAGUACCAACCUCUGGUCCUGUCCCAGCUCCAGCAGCGGCUCAAGGCGGCCGGGAUCCGCCUGGGUGCCGCCAAGCUGGUGGACUACCUGGACUCCCAGUGCAUCACCUUUACCACAGCCAAGCCGGGCCACUCAGCACCCAGCCGCAGGCGGGGCAAGAGAACAGGCAGAGGGGCAAAGGCGGCAGGGGAAAAUGGAGCGAGCAGGAAAAGAGGUGUUCCUGCCAUGCAAUGAAAGUGACUGCAAGAAAGGUUUAAGUAGAAACAAAGACUAUGAGAAGUGGCAGAUUUUACUUUUACUAGUGCAGAACAUCUGUCUGAAAAUAACUUCAGACAGAAGAAGCAGUGUGUGUGUGUGUGUGUGUAUAUAUCACAUUUCCUCAGGAAAGGUUUUGUAUUUAAUUUUUUUGUUCCAAAUGUUACAUCUAUUGUAAACUCUACUGUGAAAAUAAAAAUGGUAACUGUU